AUGGGAAAGUCACAGUCAAAACUCAGCAGCGAUCAACUGCUCGAGCUUCAGAAGUCAACCUAUUUUGAUCGCCGUGAACUGCAGCAAUGGUACAAAGAUUUCCUCAAAGACUGUCCCUCGGGACAGAUGGACAAGGCCGAAUUUCAAAGGAUCUAUAAGCAGUUUUUCCCGUUUGGCGAUCCCUCGACAUUUGCCGAGUACGUCUUUAACGUUUUCGACGCCGACAAAUCGGGAACGAUCGAUUUCAAGGAAUUCAUAUGUGCCCUGUCGAUUACCGCGCGCGGAUCGGUCGAGGAGAAGCUUCUGUGGUCUUUCCAAUUAUACGACCUGAACAAUGACGGUCGCAUCUCAUAUUCGGAGAUGUUGUCGAUAGUAGAGGCUAUCUAUAAGAUGGUCGGAUCGAUGAUGAAGCUUCCUGAAGACGAGGCCACUCCAGAAAAGCGCGUGGACAAAAUAUUCAGAGCAAUGGAUAAGGACAAAAAUGGAGAAUUGACCAUUGACGAGUUCAAGGAAGGCUCCAAACAGGAUCCGACAAUUGUAUCGGCUCUCAAUAUCUAUGAUGGUCUUGUUUAA